AGCAAAUACAGUGCAGUGUUGUCAUUUGCAACUUCUUGUUUUUUUAUUUGAUCCGACUCCUCUUCAUUUAGAUAACAUUUCAUCGCAAUUCAGUUGGAUGACAUGCAUCAGGUUAUAUAGAACAUUGCCUUAAGUGUAGGCUGAUUUUUUAAGACAACGAGUCGGGGACGACUUCUAUUGAAUUAGUAGCUUGCUGUAUGGUUACUAUGGAAACUCUGUUAAUCAAAUUCCCUUACACACUCUAAUAGGCUUUCAGUCCUUGAUCAGCGAACUGCUGUGGGACAGUUAGUCUUUGCAGCUUCGCCAGAUGAAGAAGGCAGCCUCACCGAGGGUGACACAGUGGAGAGGCACGAGACCUGAUCCCAGCAUGCUGAGCCCUGGUUCACCGCUCUCCAACCCGCGUAGCAGGACUCCGUCCCCCGCCCACGGCCCACGCUCCCCAGCCUCUCGGCCCGCGUUGGGGAGCAGUCUUCAGCUGAGUAUGACGGAGGAGGAGAGCGAAGAUUGUGCCGACGGAGAACCCCGAAGCGACAUCGAUGAAAGGAGAAGUCCAGGUGUUCGCUACAUCACAGAGGACCUGAUUAAGAGGGUGACCAAGCAGGACAGUCUUGCCUUUGUACGGUCCCUCAACUUGUCACUGGCAAAGAGUGCCAACAAAAAAUUCAAGUUCAUCGAGAACCUGGAAAAGUGUGAACGGCUGCAGGUCCUCAACCUGAGUCACAACCUCAUUGAGAAAAUCGAGAAGCUGGAAAAGCUUCACAGGCUUCGAGAACUCCACCUGUCCCACAACAGAAUCUGUAAGAUCGAGGGCCUGGAGCACAUGGGGAGCAUUCAGCACUUGAAUCUCGCCGGAAACAACAUUGAGCACCUUCCUCUGUGGCUGGCCAAGAAACUACGAUCCCUGAACACUCUUAACCUCCAGGCUAACAACAUCUGCUCGCUACACGAGCUGACCAAGCUGAAGCCACUGAAGAGCCUGACUGAGCUGCGUCUGGCAGAGAACCCGGUGUCCAACCUGCCCCACUCCCGCCUCUUCCUGAUCUUUCACCUGAGGACGCUCGAGAAACUUGACGGACAGGUCAUCACCCAGCAGGAGCGGGAGCUGGCCUACCAGCGCUUCCACAUGGAGGAGGUGGAGCGGCUGGAGCAGGAUCUGGGGGCUCGGCAGGGAGAGGUGGAGAGCCUACGCGAGGAGCAGGCCAUCGCUCUGCAGGGCCUGGAGCAGCAGGAGGCGCUCAACCACAGCCUGAAGCUCCAGUGCCAGGAACGGAAGCAAGGCCAGGCCGAUCUGAAGAGAGAGCUGGAGACCAAGGACCAGCUGCCUGCGAGUCUCGCUCCUGUUCUGGAUGCCGUCCGGCAGCUGAAGCAGAAGACGAUGGAGCUGACCCGAGCCUGUCAGAAGCAGUAUGAGCUGGAGCAGGAGCUGGCCUUCCACAAGAUAGAUGCCAAGUUUGAGCCGCUACCCUACUACCCAGAUCAGGAGUUGGAGUUGGAGGGAGGCUUGCCGGUGGAGAGCCCCUAUAUUGGAAAGGCACGUCACAAGAGGAACCCGUUGAUACCGGAGACCACGGAGCCAGACGGGCAGCUGGGUCACACGGACAGCCACGCCCAGGUUCAAGCCGAGGAGCGGCUGAGACAGCUGCAGCGGGAGCUGGAGAGCGCGGAGCAGCAGAUCCUCCGGGCCAGCGCUGAGCUCCGGCAGCUGGAGGACACCAUUUCCCAGAAACGAAUCACGGAGGCGGAGAAGGAGCAGCUGAGGCAGCAGCUGCGCAGGAGGAUGGGCCUGCUGGAGGAGGCGCGGGGGGAGGCGCUGGCUCUGGAGGCGCAGCUGGACAGGAGCAGGGACCAGAUGAGCCGCGCGGAGGGGGAACUGGACCGGCUGCGUGACGCGCUGGAGGGCCUGGAGCCCAGCGACCCGCGACACGCCCAUGUGACAGCUCAGGUGUCCAGUAAGACCCAGCAGCUGGACAUCAUGAGCAGGAAGUGCAGAGAGCUGGAGGGCAGGCUGGAUGACAUGCUCACCCGCAUCGCCAAGGAGACGGAGGAGAUCAAGGACCUGGAGCAACAGCUGACUGAUGGUCAAAUUGCGGCCAAUGAGGCGCUGAAGAGGGACCUGGAGGGCAUCAUCGCCGGGCUGCAGGAGUACCUGCAGGGGGUGAAAGGUCAGGCCCGCCGCGCCCAGGCAGACUGCCGCCAGCUGGAGAGAGAGCGGGAUGCCCUACAGCGCCGUCUGCAGGACAGCGAGGAGCAGCGCAGCCAGCUGGAGAUCGUCGCCAUGGACGCAGAGAGUGCCCGGGAGGAGGCAGUGAGGUUGGAGCAGGAGUUGGACAGGCUGCGUGAGACUCAGACUCAGAUCAGUGCGUAUGAGGCAGAGCUGGAGGCCCAGCUGCAGCAGCGGGACACAGAGGCCGGGCGGCUGCAGGAGGAGCUGGGCCGACUGCGCAGACUCAGCCAGAUGGAGCGCUCUGCUCUGCAGGCGGAGCUGGACAAGGAGAGGCAGGCGAAGGAGAACGCCCUGGUGCAGGCCCAGCUGGCCUCAGAAACACAGCAGGAGAACAAGAAGCUGCUCCAGCAGCUCCACAGCCUACAGGAGGAGCGCCGUUUGCUCAGGGGGCAGCUGAAUGCCCUGCAGGGGGAGCUACAGGAGGCCCGGGGCACCUUGCUGAAGCCACAGGAGGUGACACAGCGCCUGGAGGACCUGAGGAGGAGCAUCAGCUCCGGGCUGGGGGAGGUCAGGCCGCAGGGUGAGGGGGACGCUCUGGGCUGCAGCCUGGCGCAGCUGCAGCGGGAGCUACGCAGGGCGGUGUUGGACGCGCAGGCGGAGCGUGACGAGGCACACGCCAGGCAGGGCAGGCUGGCUCAGGAGGCCACCGCCCUGCAGGAGAAACUGCGCCGCGGCCAGGAGGAGACGCGGGCGGCCAGGGAGGCAGCAGAGAGGCGGGAGGGUGAGAGGGAGGUGGAGCUACGGAGGCUAAAGGAGGAGCUCCGGGAGGCGCAGGAGGUGCAGAGCCUGACUGAGCAGCGUCUGCAGGAGGUGGAGGAGGAGAGAGACCGCCAGCUCGCUGAGCUGGAGGACAAGGACAACCAGGUGAAGGCAGAGGAAUCUCGAACCGGACUGCACCUGCGCUCUCUGGAAGACGAGAUACGGGAGCUGAAGCGCUCCAUGACCACGGCGGACAAGAUGGCCGCCCGGCAGCUGACCGCAGCCAAAGACCAGCUGCGCUCCCUGCACGGCACGGUGCGCAAGAUCAACCAGGAGAGGGCUGAGGAUGCGGAGGAGUUGGAAGGGUUCAGGAUGGAGGCAGCGGCUGUCGCCCAGGACCUGGCGCGGGCGGAGGCUGAGAUCCAGCUCCUGCAGAAACUCCUGAAGGACAGAGAGCAGCAGAUGCUUGAGUUGGACAGCAGUGUCCAGGGCGUUCAGCGGGAGGACUUGGAGCGUCUAACUCGCUCCCUGGACAGGCAGCAGGCUCAGACUAAGCGACUCUGGGAGCAGCUGGCCCAAGCCAAAGACGAUAACAGGGGUAACUUGGAGGAGCUGAUGGAGGAAAUUGGGGUGCUACGGGACACCCUGGCCCAGCAAUGCAGCUUCAUAUCUAAUCUCGGGGACCCCCACAGGAGCAGGGGCUGCUGGUACUACGUCCCAUCACCAGCAAACCCCCCUAGUGUCGGCUCUCAGGGCACACACGACUCUGGCCUCGGCUCGCAGUACCCCCCCUCGCCCGACAGGGGGCGCCACACGGGCCGGAGAGGCAGGAAGGAGAGAGCGGAACAGGCGGUGCCCCUUGCCGGAGGGUAUUGGAUGUACUCCCCUCUCAGAAGCAGGCGUUCCAGGACGUACGGGAGGAGAGGCGACCCGGGGGACAGCGGGGGGGGUAGUGACGGAGACAGCGGCGUCUCGGGGCGUCACUUCACCACCCCGCCCGGACCCGCCAACUACACCCUGCUCCCCGACGGCUCCGCCCUCCCGCCCGGCACCGUCAUCUACGCGCCCCCGGCCGUCUACGGACCGCCCCCGCUCUACGGACCGCCCCCGCCGGGAGCCCCCCCGCUCUACGGCCCGCCCCCCGCCAGCUUCUCCACGCCCCUGGUCCCUGCGGGGGUCCUGCACUGCAACGUCCCCCGGCACCAGGACGCGGAGAGAGAGCUGGCGCAGCUGCUGGAGCAGAAGAGGAAGGAGGAGCAUCUGGGCGCAGACGUGCAGAGGCUGCAGAACCAGCGGGCUGAGCUGGAGGAGGAGGUGCAGGAGCUGAGGCGAGCCGUCAGCCGAAUGCGCAGACAGAGGGAGUCUCUGGUGGGCAGUGGAAGCUCGUUGGUGGAGGAGGUGCAGGAGUCCCUGCGGCAGCAGGGGGAGGUGCUGGGGGAGGUGGGGUGCGUAGAGAAGACGCUGCUUCGCCGGCGGGCGGAGCUGAGGGAGGCCGACAGACUGCUGCUGGAGGCUGAGAGCGACCUGAAAGACACCAGGGCAAAGACCAGAGACACCCUGCAGCGCUACAGCGAGGCCCAGCGGCACGUGGAAGACACAGAGCGAGAGCUGGAGGAGCUGGAGAAGCGUGCUCAGGACAGCGCCACCCAGCUGGUGGAGGCCAACCUGCAGCUCAGGACCCUGCAGGAGGAGGUGCAGGAGCUGCGGAGGCAAAGGGUGGAGCAGGAGCGAACUCUGCAAGAGGUUGAGGAGGUGGUGGAGUCCCAGGAUGCUUUGUUCCAGGACCUUAGCAGUAAGGUGCAGACUGCUACAAAGAGGCUGGAGGCCUUGCAGAGCGAGCUGGAUCAGGCCGAGAGCAGAGAGGCUCGGCACCUGGAGACCCUGAGAGAGGCAGAGAGCAUGCUGGGACAGCGCCGGAGCGAGCUAGAUGCACUCAGCACCAAGGUGGCCCAGCAGAAGGAGGAAUUGGCUGUCCUGGACAGGAAGCUUGGGCAGAGGCACGAAGAAGAGCGCCUCCUACAGGACAGUGGGGAGCAGCGUAGGAGGAGCCUGGUGGAGGUGCUGAAACAGGGAGAGGAGGAGGUGCAGGACCUGCAGAGGCACAUUAAGGAGUUGCGAGCGGACCUGGAGACCCUCCGCAGCCUGAAGGGGGAGCUGGACUCCCUGGUGGUGGAGCGCAGGGGCCGGGCGGGCCUGCUGAAACAGGAGGUGGAGCACGAGGAACAGACCCUGCAGGGCGUCCUGGCCCAGAUCAACAAACACAAAGCAGAGCUGAAACACGUCCUGGAGAUGGUGCAGCUGGAGACCAGUGAGCUGCAGGGGGUGACCCUGCAACACGAGCAGCGUCUGGACCAGCUUGAACACAGCCAGGAGUCCCUGCUAGAGGCGCGGGCGGAGCUGGAGAGGCUGGCCCAGGCGUCUCAGAGGCAGCGGGCGGAGGGGGAGCGUCAGCGCGGGCAGCUGGAGCAGGAGCGUGCGGAGCUGGAGGCGCUGCGGCAGGAGGCGGGGGAGGCCCGGGGGGGCGUGGAGGCGCAGCAGCGCGACAGGGAGGCGCUGGAGGACCAGUGCAGGAACCUGGAGGCCAGACGGGGCCAUGCAGAGAGGUGCCUGGCGACGGCCGAGGAGGGGGCGAGGGCAGCGGAGGCGGAGCUAACCCGGCUGGAGGCGGAGCUUGGGCAGAGGAAGCGGGAGCACAAGCGGGCGUGUGGCGUGCGCCAGGAGACCAGCCGCGAAGCCGCCGCCGCCCAGCAGCAGUUAGAAGAAAAGCGGGCGGAGCUGAAGGGACUGCAGGAGGCCCUGAGUGACAGCCGUCAGCAGAUGCAGCGGGUGGAGGAGGAUGUGAAAGCGGCCACGAGGAGGCGCGUGGAGCUCCUUGAGGAGCACCAGAGGCAGCAGGAGGAGUUGGAGAAAGGCGCGGAGAGCGUCCGUGAGGUCACGCGCAGGGGGGAGGAGUUGGAGGCGGAGCUAGCCAAGAAGCAUGCCCAGUUACAGCAGCAGGAAAAGUCCCUGCAGGUGCUGCAGCAGGACGCUCUGGACACAGAGGCGCUGCAGUCUCAGAGGCUGCAGAAGCUGCAGGACCAGCUGCAGGCAGUAGAGGGCGCCCUGGCGGAGCGCGGCGAGCAGCUGCAGCGGGCGGCGGCCAGAGUGGCGGGGGCAGAGGAGCGGGAGCGGCUGGACCGGGAGCUCUCUGCUCGGGAGGAGGAGGUGGAGGCCUUGCGGGGGGAGCUGGCAGACUGUCGGGAGGAGGUGCAGGGGCUGCAGGAUGCGCUCCUCACGGAGAAGAGGACCGCAGAGAGGAGGCUCUCCGCACUGAGGGUUCGGGGGCAAACUGAGCGUGACCAGAUGGAACAGGAGCAGGUGCGGCUGCAGAGGGAGCUGGUUGCUGUGGAUCAGGCCGCCAGAGAGAAUCAGCAGCAAGCCAGAGACCUGCAGGAGGAGCUCAACACCGUGUCCCAGGAACUCCUGACCCUCAGGGACAAGCUGCGCGGUCAGGAGGAAGGGGAGACACGCCGGCGGGGGAUCAGAGAGGCCAUGCGCUCCCUGAGGUCAGAGGUCAAGGCGGAGAUCAGAGAGCUGGAGACGCCGCCCAGCGACUCCUCGGACAGCGAGAGCCAAAAGGAGAACCAUCCGCGCUCCUCCCCUUCUGUGGGCAGGGUGGCCUUCAGCACCAAGGAUGAGCAGUGGCGCGGAGAGGCCCUGAGGGAGCAGCUGCGGCAGCAGGAGGAUCAUCUGAAGGCCCAGCUGCGCAGACGCAUGUGGUCGCAGGAAGAGGCCCUGAGCCGCCGCAGGCAGCAGACGGAGGGCAGCCUCCAGGGCCUGCGCAGACGGGUGGACAAGCUGGACAGACUUCUCAGCAGCUCUGCAGACUCCGCGGCGCUGAGCCACAGCGAGCCGCCGCUGAAACACGGCCGGUCAGACGUCCAGGAGGAGGGGAGAUCGCUCGGCAGCUCUGCUCGCUCUUGCAGCCCUGUGCGUCUGGACCCAGCUCUUCCAGAAAGGGACCAAGGGAGCAGCUGGUGACGGACCUGCUGAACCACCCACCCACAUCAGAGCCGAACCGUUCCCAGACCUGGGGCCUGGGGGUGCUACCGCCAGCCUGCAGCCGGUCCAAACGGAGCGAAGGUUCGGACCAGAGGCUUGAAACGUCCCCCCCCCCGAAGCCGUGCGAUGAAGUCGGCGAUCCGUCUACCUCCGAAACGCGAAGCAGAGCGAGCACUAGCGCAGGCCGCAGCAGAGCUUCGGAAAAGAGCCUGCAUAAACCGCCAUUUCACACCGCUCCCGUUCCCCCGCUUCAAGCUGUGCGAGUUAGCCUACUGCGCCACUUUCUCUCCCUGCUCGACCACACGUGAACCGAGGUUUUCAAGGAUAAACUACUAUAUUACAUAUAUACAUGAGGAGUGUCCUUUUGAGACCAGAACCAAAACUUCACGAGGUCCCUUCCAGUGAGGCAUGAAUACAAUUUUUGAAAAGGGUAUCUAGCCUAAAUAAAUAGUUUUAAAGGUACAAUAGGUAAUUUCGGACUUCUAACGGUCGAGAGGAAUCUCAGCAAGAAACACACUCAGACCACAACACUGUUUAUCCCUCCCCCUUCCCUGUGAACGCGCUGACAUUGAAACGCCAUUGGCUGUGGCAACUAGAACCGAUUUUCAACCAAUGAGCUUGAGUUAUUGUACAGCGUGUACAAUGUUUUGGUACAGAGUGCCUGCCCGUCAGCUGCAUAUUUUGAAACCUGAAUUUAAGGACUAAACACAGGCAGCGGGUGAGUCAACAUGUCAGUGAGCCUUUUUCAAUGAUAGGAAGGGAUUUACAAUGGUCUUGUAACAAUGUUUUAACACAAAAAUCUUACCUAUUGUACCUUUAAGUGGCCUCCUACAGCUGCGUCACCUGGCAUCUGUCAUCCAUCCUCCAACGCCUGUGGCACAGUGCACUUUGCACAUCUGCAACAUGAACCACUAUGCAUUUCAAGCACUUGAAGUAGAUUCAAAAGCUCUACACUAGCUUUGUUUGUGAAUGUAAUCAUCUAAAUAUGUAAUUUUGUGUAAAGAAAAAUAAUAAAUGUAUAUUUUUUCAAACUA